CGCUCCGGGGCGGGUAGGCGCCCCAGGAUGGAGCGGCCGGAGCCCCUAUCCGGCACGGCGGCGGGGCAGGAAGAACAGGAGCUGAGGGAGCGGGCCUUCUUCUCAUGGGCCGAGUUCAGCCGCUUUUUUGAUGCGUGGUGCCAGCAGCGGCUAGCACUUUUCUUCGUCAAGAGCUCCAUGCAUCUGGCCCGCUGUCGCUGGGCCAGCGCGCCCCCGCUCUACACGCUCAUUGAUGUGCUCAAGUACAGCUAUGUGCGGCUCGUGUGCAAGGACGUGCGUGCGCCCAGCCGGCCCGCCGUGGGGCCCCCUCAACCCGGCUGCCCAGCUUUCAUCAUCGUCAAGCUGAGCCCACUGCGAGACCGCCUAGUGGUGACAGAGUGCCAGCUGACCCACUCACACCCAGCCUGCCCUCUCGAGUUUGCCUACUACUUCCGCCCAGGCCACCUGUUAGCCAAUGCCUGCCUGCCGGUGCGCACCACCAACAAGAUCUCCAAGCAGUUCGUGGCCCCAGCCGAUGUGCACCGCCUGCUCUCCUAUUGCAAGGGCCGUGACCAUGGCGUCCUGGAUGCCCUGCAUGUGCUCGAGGGGCUCUUCCGCACUGAUCCGGAGGCCAAGGUGAAGCUGGUGUUCGUGGAGGACCAGGCGGUGGUGGAGACCGUGUUCUUCCUGACGUCGCGCACCAGGGCACUGCUGCGACGUUUCCCACGCAUACUCCUGGUGGACCGGUUGCCAGGGCUGCAGGGCGCACUGGAUCUUCUGGCCGUGCUGUGCGUGGACGGCUCCGGCCACGCGCGCCAGGCUGCGUGCUGUGUUGCACGCCCGGGCACGCCAAGCCUGCUGCGCUUUGCGCUGGCCUCACUGCUGCAAAGCGCACCCGAGGUUAAGGGCCGCGUGCGCUGCCUCACAGCUGGGCCUGAAGUGGCAGCACAGCUGCCUGCGGUGCGCCAGCUGCUGCCUGUCGCUCGCGUGCAGAUCUGCCGCGCGCAAGGCCUCGAGACGCUCUUCAGUAAAGCUCAGGAGCUGGGUGGCGCCGGCAUUGAGGACCCGGGCCUGUGGCCGCGCCUGUGCCGCCUGGCUGGUGCAUCGUCACCCGCCGCCUACGACGAGGCUCUCACGGAACUCUACGCCCACGGCCCGGCCGCCUUUGUAGACUACUUCGAGCGCAACUGGGAGCCCCGCCGCGACAUGUGGGUGCGCUUCCGCGCCUUUGAGACAGCUCGCGACCUGGAUGCGUGUGCCUUGGUACGCAGCCACCGCCGGCGACUGCUGCGCCGCCUCAGCCCCUCGCGCAGCGUGGCGCAGUGCCUUCGUGACCUAGUGGCUAUGCAGUGGGCCGAUGCAGCUGGGGAGGCGGUGCCUGAGGGCUCUGAAAGUGGGGGAGCAUGGCUGGAGGAUGAGCCUGGGAGGGGGGUUCAGGUGGAGAAGGAGAGGGUGAGGGACCCAGAGACCAGUGACUGUGGAGGAUCUCUGAAAGAAGGAGGUAUUUGGAGGGGGGCCCAGUUGGAGAAGGAGUUGGCAAGAGGACUGGAGACCAUAGACUGGGGAAGGGCUCAGUUAGAAAGUGAGAAGGGGAGGGUACUGCAGAUCAGAGAUUGGAGAGGGGUCCAGGUGGAGAAGCAGAAGGUCAGGGGGCUGGAAGGGAGUGUGUGGAGAGGGUCCCAGUUGGAGAAAGAGCACUUGAGAGGGCCAGAGAUCAGAGACUGGAGGGGGGCCCAGCUGGACGGUGAGAAAGAUUGCAGCCUGGAAGGUUAUGUCUGGCGGGAGGCCCAGCUAGAGGACCCAGGGCUAAGAGAAUUAGAAGGGUGUACCUGGAGGGUGGCCCAGUUGGAGGAUCGAAGGAGUAGGAUGUUGGAGUCCACAGCCAGGAGGGGGACCCAGUUUGAGUGUGAGAAGGCCAGGAGUCUUGAAGGAAUCUCCUGGAGGAGGGCCCAGCUGCAUGAUGAAAGGGCAAGUGGACCAAAGACCAGAGACUGGAAGGGGCCCCAGUCGGAAGCAGAGAAGGGAAGGGGGCUGGAGGUCAGAAACUGGAGGGGGAUCCAUUUGGAGAAGCCUCUGGAGUUGGUCCCUGAGAACAGAGAACAAAGGGGGCACCAAUGGGAAGAUGAGAGGAGGACAGGACCAGAGAUUGCUGAGGAGAGAGGAGCGAGCUUGGGUAUCAAAAGAAGAAGGGGCCUAGAGGACAUAGUUCUGGUCCAGCUGGGGGACACAAGGGUUACAGGGGUGGAGAACAGGGAUGGAAGGGGAGGCUCCGGGGGCCUCAAGAGCAGAGCAGGACAAGGCAUAGAGUGGGGGGACAAAGGGAGGUGUCUAGGGCUGGGGAAUGGGGUCAGGUGUGGCACCCCCAUGGGGACUGUGUUUGAACGCAAUCCAGAAUGGGUAGUGACAAGGAGUGAGUACCAGGCUGCAGGGGAGAGCCUGCAGGAAGGAGGUGAAGGAGAAGGCCUAAGGGAACCAAAGAGGCUUUGCCGCCCUUCAGGAGAGGAGGAGGUGGACUGGGAGCCCCUGGCCAAAUUCCGAGCAGCCUGUGGGCCAGAGCUGGCAGACCUGGUGGCUGAGGAGCUGGCCUUUGCCAGGCAGCAUGGGACCCGGGGUUUCCACUGGACUGGAGCUGGCUUUGCCCUUAAGGACGGCACCUCAGACUUCUUCCUGGAUGGGGCUCUGACGCGCUGCAGCUGCUCAAUCCAUGCCGCCCGACGGCUGCCGUGCCGACACCUCUUCGCAGCGCGCAUCCUCACUGGGGCAGCCUUAUUCCACAUGGAUCUUCUCAGGGAUUGCUGGGGGAGAGCCCCUGAGCCCUGACCCUUCAGAUCCCUGCCCACCAUCCUACACUGUGAGGGUGGAAGGGCAUUCUUUGAUCCCAAAGAUAACAGGGCUGAGGCCAAGAAGGCCACCCCAGUCCCUCUGGCCACCUUCUGAAUCAUCUAGGGACCUCAUCUUGGCAGUUUGCCUCUCUAGGUCGGAGAGGAAGCUGACAAUGGUCUCUGAGGUCCUGGAGCCACAGCUGUGGAAGGUGUUGAUGGCCAGGGUGGAUCCUGCAGGCUUCCCUCAGAAGAUGAAAUGGGUGAUGAGAAGUGUAGACAGGGUCAGGGCAGAAGGAAGGAGACAGGCAGAGCUGGGGGGAGGGUGAGGAAUGUUGGAGGUCAGGGGAGGACACCAGGAUAUGGGGAAAGUCUGGUGGGAAUAGGCUGGUCAGUCUAGGGAGUGCAGGGAUGAAAGGGAAAAAGUUAAGGGAGAAAGUAUAAUACGAGAUGACAAACGAAGGAGAGGUCAAGGGAGAAGAGAUAGAGGGGAUGCAAAUGAAGGAGAGAGGACAAGAGAAGAGCCAGAAGAAAAAACAAAAAGCAGGAGGGGUGGGGGUGGGAAGGGGAGAAGGAGAUAAUGGAAGAGUGGAAGGAAAAAAAAGACAAGGUAAAGGAAAGAUGUGGGAGAUAGGGAGAGAAGAAACAAAAGGGAGGUGACUUUGGUGUUUCUCCAAGACCUGGAGACUUGGAGCCCCUUCAUCUUCUGGUUGGUUAUUCCCAUAAAAGAGGGCACUGGGAAUCUGGUGGGAUGUGUUGGAGACUCUUCAGCAGGGAGGGGAACUAUCUGGGCUAUUGUGCUUUAAGAUUGGAAUAAAACAGUAUUAUUUUGGUU